GAAUUGCAUAAAGCGUACAGAAUGCAUUUGUGAAUAAAUUAACAAUACAAAACGCAUUGAUAGUAUAAGCUAUACUUUGACUUGAGUCAGUAAUUUAUCGUUUUUCCAUACGGAUUGUUGGAAAUUUUUAAAAGGAAGAAAAAAAAGUUUAAAACAUUAAACGCAUCAAAAACUGUAGUAUUACCGCUAUCAGCCACCCACUAUUAUACAUUUGAUACCACUUGUUCGAAUUAUUCCUCAUCGUUCCUUAGUUUAGAAACCGGUUUCACUUUUUCUGUUCCGCCGUCCGUGACCACUACAGUUCCUAUACAUUAUACACUUCUACGUUCCACAUAGAUAUGGAUGAACCACACAACGCAACAUACUUAGGUCUAGAUCUUAGUACACAACAGCUAAAGGCAAUAGUCGUCAACAGUGAUCUCCAAGUUAUAUGCGAAACGAAUGUUCAGUUCGAUAAUGAUUUACCCGAAUUCAGAACCUAUGGAGGUGUACUUCAAAAAAAAGAAACACCCAACGUAGCGACAGCUCCUACCCUCAUGUGGGUAAAGGCUUUGGAUAUGAUUUUGGAUAAACUCCGCGUUUGUGGUGUAGACUUUAGUAAAGUGGCAUCAAUAUCUGGCUGUGCUCAGCAACAUGGAACUGUCUAUUGGACAAAGGGCGGUAGAAAUAGUUUAAAAACUUUAAAUCCAGAAAAAUUUCUACACGAACAAUUAGCGAUGUCUUUUUCUUCGACUUUAUCUCCUGUAUGGAUGGACUCUAGUACAACCAAAGAAUGUAAAUUAUUUGAAGAAACUGCAGGCAGCCCUGAAAAAUUGGCCGAGCUAACAGGAUCCCGUGCCUAUGAGAGAUUCUCAGGUCCACAAAUUGCCAAAAUUUCAAGCGAGAAGCCAGAAGUCUACAGUAGUACAGAGAGAAUUUCCUUGAUUAGCAGUUUCAUGGCUUCAUUAUUCUUGGGAGAUUAUGCCCCAAUCGACUUUUCGGACGCUUCUGGCAUGAAUUUAAUGGAUAUACGAUCGAGAGAAUGGUGUGAAGAACUUCUUCAAUUGUGUGGGACAAAUUUAAAGGAUAAACUAGGCGAACCAGUUUCAUCACUUAGUGAUAUUGGUCCAGUCUCCAACUAUUUUGUAGAAAGAUUUGGAUUCGAUGAAGGAUGCAGAAUUAUUGCAUUCACGGGAGACAAUGCGAGUUCCUUGGCUGGAUUGAGACUGAAAAAAGAAGACGUUGUUUGCAGUCUAGGAACUAGUGACACUCUUUUCUUUGGUCUCAAUGAACCCAAGACUAUUACAGAAGGACAUGUUUUUUGCAAUUCUUUGGAUGAUCCAGCUUAUAUUAUUUUACUUUGUUUUAAAAAUGGAUCCAUGACACGGAAAAGAAUAUGCGACAGUGCAGCACAAGGUUCGUGGCCAAUUUUCAACGAAUUAUUGGAAAGUACUCCAAGGGGAAAUUUUGGAAAUUUAGGAUUAUAUUUUGAUUCUCAGGAAAUUUUACCAUCUAUUAUUGGAGAUUAUAGAUUUAAUAAAGCAAAUGAGAAAAUAAAUCGAUAUAGUUCGAAGGAAGUUGAAGUGAGAGCACUAAUAGAGGGACAAUUCAUCGCUAAAAGAGCAUAUGCUGAAGAUUUUGGUUUUUCGAUUGGACCAAAUACGAGAAUUAUUGCUACGGGAGGGACUUCAAUGAACAAAGCAAUUUUACAAGUUCUUGCCGAUGUUUUUAACUCACCAGUUUACAUAUCGAAUGUUGCGAACUCAGCAGCGAUGGGCGCCACAUAUCGUGCAAAAUUUGCAUCAUUAAAAAAUGACUAUAGUUUUGAGGAUAUAAUGAAAAAUGUAGAAGAGCCAAUUUUAAUGUGUGAGCCUUAUCAUGACGCAGACACUAUAUACAAACCCAUGAUCUUAAGGUAUAGAAAUAUAAUUGAACAAUUGACAAAGAAACUUUAAGAAUUGUUUAAAUAGAAAAAAUGAAAAAAAGGAAAAUUUCGUGAUAACCGCAUUCUACUGAUGUUAAGAAAAUAAAAAGGAAUGUAAAUUAGCUUAUUUUUUCGCUUUUGCUCGUGUGCCUGAUAAAUGUAAACGUGCAACGAAUAUUAAAAAAAAACAAGAUUUGUAUGAAAUCAAACACAACUGCAAAUUUUUGCAAUGAUCUUUAUUAUUUAUUCAAAUCAUGUUAUACGAUUAUUGAAAUAUGAAGCUUCAGAAACAGAAGCUUUGUACUAUUUUCUUAUAAAGUAAGGCUAGACCUAUUUACAAUAUUUUUUUACCGAGCAUUUAUUAAUGCUCGGUAAAUUUCUUUGCGCACAACAUUUUUUGACUUAUCAAAAAAAAAAUUGUCUAAUAUGACUGAAAGUGCAAUCUUAAUUGAAACAUACAUUCCUAUUGUAGAUUUUGUAAGAAAUGUUAUAAAUUUUUUUUUCUAUUUAUUCCACAGAAAUAAAAUUGUUUAAUUUCA